AUGACCCGGUCCAUCCUCCCCCUCCUGCUCGCUGCCUCUGCAUCCCUGGUGGGCGCAACGCCCCCAGGCAUCCCCUCCACCUCCGUCGCAGAGACCCAGCUCGAAGCCCUAACCGUCGCCGAAGCGGGCUCAGGCUCUGACUACGACCGCGACCUGUUCCCCCACUGGAGCAGCCAGGGCGACGGAUGCGACACCCGCGACAAGGUGCUCGUGCGCGACGGCACGAACGUCGAAACGGGCUCCAGCUGCCAGAUCGAAAGUGGCUCUUGGUUCUCCGAGUACGACGGCGAGACUUGGACGCAGGGAAGCGAUGUGGACAUUGACCAUAUCGUGCCUUUGAAGAAUGCGUGGGAGUCCGGCGCGUCUGAAUGGACAACCGAGGAGCGCGAGGCGUUCGCUAACGAUCUGGACAUCCCCCAGCUCAUGGCCGUCACGGACAACGUGAACCAGGCCAAGAGCGACUCCGGGCCUGAAGAGUGGCUGCCGCCUUUGGACUCGUACCACUGCACAUACGGCAAGAUGUGGACAGCUGUCAAGCACACGUAUGGUCUCACCGUGACCUCGGCCGAGAAGAGUGCGCUGGAGGACUUGUUGGCGACUUGCUAG